GUCAGAUCCAGCCCCUUCUAAAGCCUCACCAGGAACAGCAAAGGAGGAAGAGAAAGUGCAAGGCGGUGGCUCUCUUUUUUGAGGGGUCCCCUGAAGCCACAGGAGAAAGUGAUUGAUCCAGAAAUGGGGGUGACCCAGUCUUUGGGACUGCCCCAUGGCAAAGGAUCCCAUCCAGUUGGCUGUACGGAUGUGAUGGUGGGACAGACCCCAAAGGGCCUCUUCUUCCGUUUAUUCUACCCUUGCAUCCCUCAAGAUGGAGCUGAGCAGCCUGCCUGGAUCCCCCGCUACGAAUACUACUGUGGCCUGGCCGACUACAUGAACAUGAAUAGAAAAUGGUGCGCUCCACUGCUCAGUGUGACGUUUGGAUCAUGCAGAAUCCCUGUGAGCUGGGAUGCUCCUUUUCGACCGAGUAGACACAAAUAUCCGGUGAUCAUAUUCUCCCAUGGCUUAGGAGCAUUUCGAACUGUGUAUUCUGCCAUCUGUAUCGAAAUGGCUUCCCGUGGGUUUUUGGUGAUGGCGCUUGAGCACAGGGAUCGUUCCGCUUCUGCCACUUACUUCUGCAAACUGGAACCUGAAGCACCUGACCUCCCUGGAUCCCAGGUACAUGAAGAGUGGCUUUCCUAUCGGGGGGUACCAAAAGAUCAGAAGGAAUUUCACUUCCGAAACCCACAGCUCCAUCAAAGAGCAAAUGAAUGCAUACGAGGACUCAAGCUCUUCCGAAGCAUCGACAGCGGCAAGGCGCCCGUCAACCUCUUACGUACCAACUUUGAUCUCUCUGCGCUGAAGGACAACAUAGAUCUAACCAAAGUCACAGUCAUGGGUCACUCUUUUGGAGGCGCAACAGCUGUGCUAGCCCUGGUUAAAGAAGCUCAGUUCAAAUGUGCUGUUGCUCUGGAUGCCUGGAUGUUCCCUUUGGAGAACUCCCUGUACCCAAAAGUGACCAAACCGGUGCUUUUUGUCAACACAGAAUCAUUCCAGACUGCUGAAAGUGUAGCGAAAAUGAAAAAGAUCAGCGCCACAAACAGCGAGACCAAGAUUAUAACAAUUUUGGGUACUGUCCACCAGAGUCAGACUGACUUCACUUUCCUGGCAGGGAAUCUUGUGAACAGGGUCUUCCAAACAAGAGGCACCCUCAAUCCCUAUGAAGGCCUCAACAUCACCAACCAAGCAGCCCUUGCCUUCCUGCAGAAACAUCUCCAGCUAAAAGAAGAUUUUGACCAGUGGGAUAAUCUUCUAGAAGGCAUCGGGGACUGCAUUGUUCCAGACAGUCCUCUACAGAAGUCCAGCCUCUAGACACAAAAUACCCUCUCACUAUUUCUUUCAGUGCUUUUGGGCAGCCCAACUCCUAUGAUUCCCCCAAAAUAUAGGGACUAGUGGGAGGUGGGGGAUGUUGGGGAGAAUCAUUUUAUGCUUAUAUAAUCACAAUCCAGAGUGGCUCACACUUCCAGUGGAAUUUGUUGCUGAGAUGCCUCCUUAAACAUAAGAAUUUUUCUUCCAGUACUACAGAGAGGUGAUCAGGAGUAGGUUGUACUGUCAGAGCAGGGGAAGAGAAAUACAGAUUGUGGUCUUGUGGUGGUGAGGGAAACUGUCCUGAAAGUACAGUUACUUUGCACAAGGUCCCAAUGAAAUGAAAAGAACUUCGGUUAAGAGCCAAAGUCUGGAAAAGUAACUCUUGGGUGGGGAGGGGAGGUUUAUUACUCCCAGAAUCCCCCCAACCAACAUGACCACUGGUGAUAGUGGCUAGGGAAUUCUGGGCAUUGCAUUGCAGUAACUGUUAUGUUGAAAGAAUGGCAGUCACCUUAAGUCUGGGCUGAAAGUCCCAUUGCCAACCUGUAUCACAGAGGGGGAGAACGUGUGUGUUUGUGAGAAAGAGAGAGUUGUGAAAUCCUACCUGCUUUCUGAAUAGGAAAAAUGUCAUCCAGGUAGCUGGUUUUCUCACUUUGUGGUGGCAGCUACAGAAUGAAGGACUGAUCUCAUCUGUAGUUCACCAUGGAAACUGAAGCUAUAUAUAUAUAUCCCCCUAAGAUUGGACUAUCAAGGGACUUUUCACACUGGUUCCUUUUUGCUGGUAGAGAACCAGGUUUGUUGCUUAUGGAUUAAAUGUAGAAACAGCACCGCACGUUUUAGACUUUCCCCACCCCUUGUAUUUCUGGGGAAAUUGUGACACAGUGACACAAAGUGGGAACCUCACGACUCCAUCUCCUUCCUAUAAUUCUACCUCCAUACCGAUUCCCAUCUUUUUUCUCCAACCUCUCUACUCUGUUAGGAACCCUCACAAAAACCCACCUUUUUAAAAAAAAACCAUUAUGCUGGAAUUGUGCAAUUGCAGACUUUUGCAACAACCCAGAACACAAUCCUGUCACAUGGACAGAAGUGUGCUGUUGUAGCAUUUUGCCUCUUCGCCUUAUGCAAUGAUAGGCCUUUUUUACUGUUGGUGUUACACAAUGUGAUUUAUUGUUCCUCCUUGGAAGACACACUAAGCUUGUUUUAUUCCCCAUGUUUAAAACGCCUCUUCACCUGUGAAUUGUAUACACAAGGCCUAAGGAAAUUAACAGAGGCACCAACCAGCACACUUUUCCCUCUCAAGAACUGAGAGAGGUCUGGAGGUACACAAGAGUUGUGAUAUUUGGAAAACACACACAAAAGCAUGCUUACAAGCACAUUCCUCCAAAAGUGAGUGAAAAUCUAUAUACUGUAGAGCAUUCCCACUAGCAGGGGGAAAAUCCAGAACUGUUGUGCAAACAGCUGCAUUUUUGCAUUAUCUGGGAGAAAGUUUUGAGUGGUUGCAGGAAAACCAUGAUCAUAUGAAAGCCUUGAAGGUUGUGACUUUUGUCAGCGUUCUGCCAUUCCAAAGGUCUCGAGUGAAAAAGCCCCAAAUGGUCCCUGUGGUAUGAAAAUAUCUGUCUUUGCAUCUUUUAUUGAGCUGGACUAGCUACGUCCAGAUGUUUUCACGUUGUCUUUUUUUACUCUAAUUCUUUCCUUACCUUGAGAGUGGCCAUACAUGCAAACAAAUAGAGCAAUCUCUUUUGGGAUAGAGACUGCCUCGGGUAUACCAAGGCUGGACCAAAUGUGCCUUUGGGAUAUUAUUUAUAGUUGGACUAUGGAGUUUAUCACACUGGGGCUAAUUUUGACAUUAAAGACAGAUUAAAGCACAUUUAAAGCAUCCUGAAAAUGAAGCGGGAAUGAUUAUCACAUGCAAUUGCUCACAUAAAGUGAUA